AUGAAGUCCAUCGUUAUUGCGGGCGCAAUUGCCGCGAUCUUGGGCACUGCCAGAGGCCGUCCCCUCAACCUCAAGCGCGACUACAUCACUGAGAUUGUCUAUAUCACAGAGACUGUCGCCGCCGCUGUCGUCUUUGUCGACCAGGACGGCCAGCCGUACUCGACAUCGACCAUGGAGCAGUCGGCCGCGGCUACGUCCCUGGGGGUAGUCACUACAUCUGAUGCAGCUCCGACAGAGGCCCCGGAUGUCUUCUCGUCAUCCGCCCCUGUGAUCGUGUCUUCGGCCGCGCCUGCCCCACUGCCUUCUUCCACAGCUCUGCCUUCGUUCUCCCUCGCGGCACCCGAGCCUGAGCCGUCGUCGGUUCAAAUCAAGGACGGGUCCACCACAACUUCUUCUACUCUGCCUGCGCCUCCUGCGCCCACCACUCCUCCGCCCGCACCAGAGUCGUCUUCACCUCCAGCCCCACCUUCGUCUGUAGUCGCGCCCGUUGCUUCCCAAGCGCCUCAACCAGACAGCAGUAGCCUUCCCAUUGGCGUGACCUAUGAUCCAUUCACUGGCUCUGAAGGGAACUCUCGAUGCAAGACCGGCGCUGAGAUCGCCGACGAGUUCAGCAGGAUGAGCUCCUACAAGGCUGUCCGUAUCUACGGCAUGGGUUGCAACAUCAUUCCGCUCGCUGUGCAGAAUGCCCAAAAGAACGGCCAGACGCUCAUGGGGGGUGCCUAUCUCAGCAACCAAGGCAACGGUGAAGACCUCAGUACCGUGAUCGCAACCUGGAAGAACGCUAUUGAUCAGCACGCUAGUGGCAGCUGGGACAUCUUGAAGCUUUUCGCUGUCGAGAACGAGCGUGUCAACGACCAUGACAUGACGGCCUCUGAAGUCGUUGAUGCCAUUCGCCGUGGCCGCGACCAGCUCCGUGGCGUUGGAUACGAAGGGCCUGUUGGAGCCGUUGAGACUGUGCCCGCGACUAUCGACAAUCCCUCCAUCUGCCAGGCGUCUGAUGUCGUCAUGGUCAACUGUCACCCCUUUUUUGAUCAGAACACGGCGGCCGGAGAUGCUGGUCCUUUUGUCAAGGCACAGAUCGAGCGAGUCAAGACGGCUUGUAACACGGCCCGCGUCGUCGUCACUGAGACUGGCUGGCCACACCAGGGUGACGCCAACGGCAAGGCUGUUCCAUCACCCGACAACCAGGCCAAGGCGCUCGCUUCUAUCCGCAGCGAGUUCACCUCGGAUGUCUUCAUACACAACGCCUUUGAUUCUCCCUGGAAGUCCGAUUCGGCCUCGACUUUCAACGCCGAGCCUUUUUGGGGAGUGAUCCAGUAG